GUUGGUUAGCUGUGUGUCAGUGACAGUGAGUGAGUGUGAGAUCAGUGUGUUGGUGUUCCAGUGGACAGCCAUGUCACAGCUGUGUGUGUGUGUGUCCGACUUUGAGGAGGCAGCCAGGAAAGUUCUCCCGAAAGCUGUGUAUGACUACUACCGCUCAGGAGCUGAUGAGCAAAACACACUGGCUGACAACGUCACUGCUUUCAACAGAUGGUCUCUUGUCCCCCGGGUGUUGAGGGAUGUGUCCACAGUGGAUCUGUCUGCCUCUGUGCUCGGACAGAAGCUCAGCAUGCCUCUGUGUGUUGCAGCUACAGCGAUGCAGAGGAUGGCUCAUCCUGAGGGAGAGACGGCUACAGCGAGAGCAUGCCAAGCAGUGGGAACAGGGAUGAUGCUGAGCUCUUGGGCUACCUCCACUAUAGAGGAAGUGAUGUCAGCAAUGACAUCAGUGGGCCCUGGAGGUGUCCUGUGGAUGCAGCUUUAUAUCUAUAAAGACAGGGACCUCACACUAUCAUUGGUCCGCCGAGCAGAGGAGGCGGGCUAUAAGGCCAUCUUUGUUACCGUGGAUACACCAUACCUGGGGAGGAGAUGGGAUGACAUGCGCAAUCGCUUCAAACUGCCCCCACAUCUGAGCAUGUCUAACUUCUCAACAGCCUCACUGGCUUUCUCUGAGGGGAACUAUGGCAAUGACAGCGGUUUGGCUGUUUAUGUUGCCAAAGCGAUCGACCCCACUCUCUGCUGGGACAACAUCACGUGGCUGAAGAAACAAACACGACUACCUGUGAUUCUGAAGGGAGUACUGAAUGGUGAGGAUGCUGUCCAGGCUGUGAAUUAUGGUGUUGAUGGCAUCUUGGUGUCCAAUCACGGAGCUCGACAACUGGAUGGAGUUCCUGCCACACUGGAUGUGCUGGAGGAGGUAGUGAGGGCGGUACAGGGUCGCUGUGAUGUCUACAUUGAUGGAGGAGUGAGGCGGGGGACAGACGUCCUGAAGGCUUUAGCUCUGGGAGCAAAGGCUGUGUUCAUUGGCCGACCGGUGCUGUGGGGCCUCGCCUGUCAGGGCGAAGAGGGGGUCAUUGAGCUUCUGGAACUUCUAAAAGAGGAGUUGCGACUGGCUAUGGCCCUGUCAGGUUGUCGUUCUGUAUCAGAGGUCAGCAGGUCCCUGGUCAGGAGAGCAGCGUUUACCUCCAGGAUGUGAGAGAAGAAACUGUUGUUCCAUCACAUUCUUGGAAACAUCAUUUUGUGAAAUGGGUUUGUUAUUUUUGGUAUUGAGAUUUCUUCAAAUGUUCUGCUGAAAAUUCUUCAUCAUCAAUUCUAAUAAUAAUAACAAUAGGAAUGAGGUGUAAAAUGAUGGACGACAUGGCACUGAUUAAAGGGGCUCCACUGAUGAAGAUCAGAUAUGGAAAUAAAAUGACUGAAGUGACAUUACUGUGAUUUUUAAACUAAUGAAAGACCUAUUGAGUUAUGGGAAAUGAUCUGCAAUGAAAGACGCAUAUAAAAUGAAGAUAUCC